GCAAUUUAAUUACUGGAAACAUUUUUUCAAUAUUUACCUUAAAUCAAUUUCAGCAUCGAUCUGGCUUUUUUCCCAAUUUUGGCCAAACAACAAACAACAUGGGUAUAUUAAAUUUGGAUUCAAAAUCAAUAACGACAACACAACCAGCACCGGUUGUCAAUCUAGAUGAUAUUGAAAAAGAAGCACGAAAAUUGAAAAAAUCUGCAUUUGAUUAUUAUCGAAGUGGUGCCACUAAUGAAUAUACAUUACGUGAAAAUGAUCGUGCAUUUCAACGAAUUCUCAUAAGACCACGUGUAUUGGCGAAUGAUGUUUCCCAAAGAUCCAUUUCGACCACUGUACUUGGCAUACCAAUCAGUUUUCCAGUAUGUGUUGCACCGACAGCAAUGCAAAAAAUGGCCAACGAAAUGGGUGAAAUAGCCAAUGCCCGUGCAUGUCAAGCUGAAGCAACAAUAAUGACAUUAUCCACUAUUUCUACAACGUCAUUAGAAGAUGUUGCACGUGCAACACCGAAUUCCGCCAAAUUUUUUCAACUUUAUAUCUAUAAAAAUCGUGAUCUUACCAGACAAUUAGUUAAACGUGCUGAACAGGCUGGAUAUCGUGCUCUUGUAUUGACUGUUGAUACACCAUUCAUGGGUCAACGUUAUGCUGAUGAACGUAAUCAAUUUACAUUACCACCAAAUUUACGUAUGGCAAAUUUUCCGAAAGAUCAAGAAGAAUCAAAUCGUAUUCAAAAAGUUUCUAGUAAUGAACCAUCAUCUGGUCUAACGGAAUAUACAAGCCAAUUAUUUGAUCAAUCACUGACAUGGAAAGAUGUCGAUUGGUUGAAAAGUAUAACACGACUGCCGAUUAUAACGAAAGGAAUUAUGACACCUGAAGAUGCAUUAUUAGCAUUGGAACAUGGUGUCGAUGCAAUUCUCGUUUCAAAUCAUGGUGGUCGUCAAUUGGAUACCGUUCCGGCAACUAUUGAUGUAUUACCCGAUAUAAUCAACGUGGUACGUGGUCGUUGUGAAGUCUAUCUUGAUGGUGGUAUACGUCGUGGAACGGAUAUUUUCAAAGCAAUAGCAUUAGGUGCACGUGCUGUUUUCAUCGGUCGUCCAAUGGUUUAUGGUUUGGCUUAUAAUGGUGUCGAUGGAGCAAGACGUGUACUACAAAUUUUGCGCAAUGAAUUUGAUAAAACAAUGGCACUAUCCGGUUGUUCUCGUUUGGAACAUAUUAAUCAAUCAAUGUUGAUUAGAAGAAAACAAUUGACUGCUAAACUUUAGUCAUUUCGAACACUGCCGUUAGAUGGAGUGCCACAGUCCAAUAUAGUCGAUAUAUUUAUUUUA